AUGACUGUUCCGCCCAAUAUGGAAGAAGGUCAGUCUUCCACCAAGCCAUCGCGUUUUAAUGGACAAUACUAUGGCUGGUGGAAGAAUCGAAUGCAUGACUACAUCAACGCUGAAGACUCUGAGUUGUGGGACAUUAUCCUGAUGGACCAUAUAUUCCUACAAAGGAGAAAAGACUACAAUGAGGCAGAUAGGAAAAAGAACUACAAGGCAAAAAAGAUUAUGGUAUGUGGAAUUGGAGCAGACGAAUACAACAUAAUAUCUUCUUGUGAGACUGCCAAGGAGAUAUGGGACUAUCUUCAAACAGCCCAUGAAGGAACACAACGAGUGAAAGAGUCUAAAGUGGACAUCCUCACCACUCAGUAUGAAAAUUUCGUUAUGAAAGAGGGUGAAACUAUCUUUGAGAUGAACUCAAGAUUCACCUCUAUCACCAACGAGCUCAGGUGCCAGGGUGAGCCUAUCCCUGUUAGCAAGCAGAUUCGCAAGAUUCUUAAGGUGCUUCCUAAAUCUUGGGAAAGUAAUGUGGAUGCCAUAACAGAAGCUAAGGAUCUGAUGACUCUUCCCAUGGAUGAACUGAUUGGGAACCUUCAGACCUACGAGUUAAACAAGAAACAGGAAACGACGGUGAAGGAAGGAAUGAAGGAGAAGUCCAUUGCCUUGAGAACAUCUCAAACUGAGUUAACUGAAGAGGAGAAUGAGAUGGUGUAUGUCACUAGAAGAUUUCAUAAGAUCAUAAAGAAGCACAGAGGCUUCCAAAAGAAAACCUCUGCUAGUAGAACCGCUACUGCAAAUGAUCUAUUCCAUAAAUGUGGCAAGCCUGGUUACUUCAUGAGGGAUUGUCCUAGUCAAAAGCAGAAAACUCGUGACACUAGACCUCGUAAGAGGGACCUGGUCCCAGAUCAUGCUCGAAGGAACGCACAUGCUGAUCAGUUAGUGAGAAAAGCCUUUGUUCUUUGGGGAAAUGAUUCAAGUGAAUCAGAAGAAGAUGUAGAAAGUGAUGAGUAUGUUUCAAUGAUGGCUAUUGAAGAUAAUGAGAGCGUUUUCAACUCCAUUUUCUCCUUGAUGGCAAAAUCUGAUGAUGAAGAUGAUUCAGACGAGGUAACUCUCUUUGAUCUGAAGGAUGAUCUAGAUGUUUUCCCUGUUGAAAAAUUGAGGAAACUUGUUUCCUUGCUUAUUGAUUCUGUUGAUGAACGAACCAAUGAAAACUUAAUGUUAAAUGAAAAAUUAAGUUUAUGUGAGGAUGACAAUUCAGCUCUCAUGUCUCAAGUUUCUGAAAUGAGUGUAAGGAUAGGUACUCUAGAAACUAGCAACAUAACUCCUAAGGAGGAUCCUGAAGAGAUAAAUGAGUCAGUGUUGGUACAUGGACAGUGGAUGCUCAAGGCACAUGACUGGAGAUACUUCAAACUUCUCUCUUUGAAAGCACACCAUGGUGGUGGUGUGUCAUUUGGUGGUGGAAAAAAGGGUUAUAUUCUUGGUAUUGGUAAAAUAGGGAGAUCUGUUGAUAACUCUAUAAACAAUGUACACUAUGGAAAGGGUCUAAAAUACAAUCUUUUGAGUAUUUCACAAAUCUGUGACAAAGGAAAUGAAGUCAAGUUUAUGGCUGAUAAAUGUUUGGUUACAAACUGCAUUACCAAAAGGGUUGUCAUGUCUGCUACUAGAGUAAAAAAUAUGUAUGUUGCAGAUCUGGACUCUAUUAAGGGAGAUGAUUUGUCCUGUCUAAGUGCUUAA